AAAUGGCUAUCAGGAAUUCAAACUCAAUCCUAAUGCAAAGGGUUUCACCCCAUCACAAACAACCGUUAGGCCUCCAUCACCAGUAUCAGAUGGUUCCUUCUAUUAACCACCCAGCGUGUCUCCUGUAGCGCGUAUGCAUGGCAUGCCUGUUGAUUUUGGGAUUGGACCAUCAUUUGCUGCACACCAGCCUGUUAUAUUUAAUCUGACAGUGGCACCAAUACAGUCACCACACGCAAGGUUUCAUCCAAAUGGACCUCAGUGAUUCUUAUUGUUCAUCCAAAAAGAGAUCCAGGAAAUUGAAGGAAAUUUGAUAUAAACUCGAAGAAUCCACUCUAACAUCCACAGUACUUUUCUCCUGAGCUUCUCUGUAGCUUUCUUAUCAUUAAUCGGUAUGUCGCUUCCAGCUGUUAAAAAGUCAUCGAUGAUGUUAUAAAGUCAACAAUAACUC